AUGGUUGACGUGCUGACUAUUGGGGGCCCGAAGUUAUGGGUGGAUUGUCCGAAGCAACUCUCUAUUUCCCCAAGUUAUAUUUCUACUUCUGCCCACUUCUACGGGGACCUGGAAAGUCUUGAAAAGCAAGCUUCGAUCUCACCAAGUGAUUGCUACUCCUCCUUUGACUCUCCUCAAACCGUUGCUUCUCAUACCUUCCUGCACUAUCCUACCCCACGAUCCCAAACCCCAGCACAGCUCCAACGGGUUUCUGAAAACAUGAUGAGCUUCAAAGGUUCAGCAAAGCAAGAGACUAGUGCUUCUGGUGAAAACAUUCUUGACAUGCCCGUCAAGGUAGAGAGCCAGCAUCCCGCUGUCUAUUGCCAAACUAUGCCUUCCAUUAUGCCUCAGCCUGACUUCAAAGUCGCGCUCUCCAGCAAUGGAAGCACAUACUGCGACUCUGAUCUUGAAUCUCUUGAACUCUUUGAUGAUUCCUUCGGUCCUUCCUUGGAGGGUACUCACUGCUGUCUCGUCCACCCGAUCCCGAAGACCAGCCCCUAUGCCGCAGGAAAUAACAUAUCCUUCCUUUCGAGCAACGAUGAGGCAUCCUCUCUGCCCUCCAACGAAAGCCAAGACACUCCUCUUGAAGACUCAUUCUUCUCAAGUCACCCAAUCCGAGUGUCAAACAACUCCCACUUCAAGAUGAGUGGGCCUUCGGACCACACGCAUCAUAUACAACCCGCGACAUCUCUUGGUCUCAUGGAGACCAAGACUUCACCCUAUGAUGAUACCCUGGCAUGGUCUGCCUGGAAUACCACUAUGCCCAGUUAUGCUUGGUACCCGAGCAGUAAUAUCGGCGAUGCCUCUUAUGGGAGCAGCUGGCACAGUUCAGUCCAUCAAAAUAUGUCCUGGGUGGAAUCCGGCCAUCUUCACCGACCAGAAGACAUUUAUGACCACUCGGCUCAACAUACUGGACCAAGCACUGAGCUUUCCAUGAUGCUACCAAGUCAGCCAUCUCACUCUGGGACAUUGCCUUCACCGGUGAUCAGUCAAUCAUGCACCCCAAACUCAACACUCCAGGCUGGAGCCAGGGAAGCCUAUCCAAGGAAUUUUUUCCCAAUGCCACAAGCCUACCUUCCAAGCCAUCACAAUGUCUAUUCUGACGCCGACGCUGGCUCACCACUUCAGAAAUCAGCAGGGAGUCUGAGUCCAUCCUCCUUCGCUCGCUCUUCUCCCACUGAAGGGGGACCUUCCCCACGACAAAGUGGCGACGAGCAGACAGGAGUCGAAGCCAAUAUGCACUACAGUGACGAACGGAACGCGUUCCUCAUUGACUGCAAGCGUCGCGGUCUCUCAUACAAAGAUAUCAAGCGAGUCGGUGGCUUCAAAGAGGCGGAGUCUACGCUUCGUGGACGAUACCGCACCCUCACCAAGACCAAGGAUCAACGUGUGCGAAAGCCAAAGUGGCAAAGCAAAGAUGUCAGACUACUUUGCGAAGCUGUUAGCAUCUACGCGGAGACGCCAGACACCUAUAGCUCUCUGACCCACUUGGGCAUGACGAUGAAUGAACCACCAAAGGUUUCAUGGAAGAAGGUUGCUGAGCAUAUCUGGGCCCAGGGGGCUCUUAUCAAUUUGGGAAUGCGACUUGCAAAAAGAAGUGGUGCGAGAUCCAUAACAUUCGGAUUUGAAGGCAUAAUUGGCAGUAAUCUAUUGGGCGGCUUUUUUCUUUCUUUCUUCGACCAUCUCCUUUUAAUGUGCGAUAUAAUAUUUUAA